AUGUACAGUAGUCGGAGCUUCGUUCGGCGACAACGUCAGGAAGAAGUCGAGGCGGAAUCGCGAUCGGAGGAAAGGUUUUCGGGAUCUCUGGUUCGUUUGAACGGACAGAGUCUUCUCGAUACGACUGGAAACAACACGACGGCCCGGAAAGUUCAUUCGGAUGUCGUCAUGGGUGUUUUGGAUUCAUCCUCGCACUGGUUGACGUCUUUUGUUUUCAGUGAUCAUGGAGGGACGAGGAGGAGCAGAAGGACAUAUCGGAAUAGCGAUGCACGACGUCCGAUAUCCAGAGGUUCAUCUGUGCGAAUUCGUGGAUUCAAGGGAGUACACGACACUCAAAACAAUGAUCAAUAUGCACGAAGCGUACGAUGUACGAGAAAGAAGUGAAAGGAAAUAAAAUGGUUGUGAUUUCAGAUAGUGAUUCAGAAUGGAAAUGAGGAGAGAGGAAGUACGAAACUGCUCGGCGAGGCACUAAUGACCGCGUUUCCGGAGGCUUCCCUUCAGUCGAUCAGCCUAAAGUGCGCGUGCUUUUCAGUCUCAACAAUGAUCCGCUUUUCAGAUAUUUCAAGCCGGAACGAGGAGAAAAGCAGUUGCGAUCACUGAUAAACGCAGAAGUUUCCUCGAUAUCCGAAGGCUGCUUCCGCCGGACUCUGGCCCUCGGCGCACUGGCCGUUCUGUUCAAGUACAUUCACGAGACACGCUACGUCUUCUUCCGACUCAAAUCGUUGCGAAUUCUGGAAGUGGGCGUAAAUGACACGUGUAUGAUCGACUUUGUUUCUUGGGAAAGUUUGGAAGUUGUAGAAACGGACGAUGCGAGUGUGAGUGUGUGCCCGAGCUUCUCAUAAGGACGAAGAUUGUUUCAGAAGGCGAGGAAGAUUCAGAUGAAGCAGAGAAGAACCCUUCUGUCCGUACUCAAUCACACUGUCACUGUGAGAAUCUCCUCCUCUCCCGUUCCAGUACUUAUUACUUUUCAGGCAAACGGCUACCGUCUCCUUCGCUCGAAUGUUCUUCAGCCCUCUACUAAUCUCACAACGAUCGGAGCCCGUCAAGAUGCCAUCGAAGAGCUGAUCGCGAAGCCCGAGCUGAAGGAUAAACUGCGAAGAGCUCUUUUGAGAGCUCACGGGCUGGAUAGAGUGAUUGCGAUGUGCAUUCAAACGUCUUCCUCGUGGACGGUCAAAGAGUCGGAGGCGAAGAUCAAUCAGAUAAUCAAGCUGAUCCAGACUCUGAAGGUCAUUCAGGGCAUCCGGACUCUUCUGGAUUCCGCCUGUGUCACCUCGGCAAUUCUGAGCGAAAAGACUGAGGUUUUGCUCUGAAUUUGAAAGUUUUUCAGUUGAAAAUGCACGCAUCCUUUCAGUUUCUGAAAGACAAUCGAUUCGAAGAGAUAAUGCAGAUUCUGCUAGAGAAGGUCGAUGAUUCGAUGCUCGACGGACGCAAGAACUCUCUCCAUCUUCAGAACACCAAGUGCUAUGCCAUUCGUGAUUUCGUCGCUGUUCGUCUGGAUUUGGCGCGACAGACUUACGAAGAGCUCGUCAAAAAUGUCGAAGAAGCAGGAGCCCGAGAGAUCGCAGAGCACUUUUUCAAUAAUCCAGCCGUACGACUCUCGUUCUCUCAGUCACGUGGAUUCCACUACACAUUUGUCACGCGGCAGGCAGAAUCCAUCACUAUUCCUCGUGUAAUUAAGACUUCUGAAGUCGAGCCAACCUCCGAAACUCUUUCAGUAUUUCCUCGAAGUGUUCCGCAAUCGCACAACAGUCACAUUUAACUCUCGCAAAAUCAUUGCAUACAAUGGUCAGUCAGUCGAUCGUUCUGCUUGAAAACGGCACAUUUAUAGACCGUUUGGAACAAGUCGUCGCGGAAAUGUAUCUCGCGAGUGACGUCAUCGUGUGCGAUAUGAUCGAGCAGAUGCAGUCGCUGAUUCCGGUCCUGUACUACGCGAUGGAUGCUCUCUCGACGUUCGAUUUCCUUUGCUCACUUGCCACGUAUUCCGAUCUUCGUGACACGUGCCGACCUGAAUUCGGACAGUCAUUCUCAGUCAGUCAAGGAAGACAUCCGAUUCUUGAUUGGGCUGAUUCGGAGAAGACUGUCACAAAUGAUAUUGUAAGCAACAUUUGUAUUAGAUACGCAAAUCCGUACUUUUUCAGUGUCUUACAAGAGAUCGUCGUUUCGGAAUUAUCACGGGCCCGAAUAUGGCUGGAAAGUCGACUUAUCUGAAACAAGCGGCCCAACUGGCUAUAAUCGCGCAGACCGGAUGCUUCAUUCCCGCCGACUACGCCACCAUGCCAAGUGGGACUGGUUGAUUCUUGAAACAUCAAAACUUUUCAGUUUUCUCUCGAAUUUUCUCCCGAAUGGGUCAUAACGAUGAGUUGGUUCGCAACAAAUCGGCGUUCGCUUCCGAGAUGUCUGACGCCGCCGCGAUUGUGCAGUACGCUGACAGAAACUCGCUCGUUGUGCUCGACGAGCUCGCCCGGAGCACUUCCACCGAGGAGGGCAUCGCCAUCACGUACGCCAUUUGCGAGAAGGUGCUCUCUUUGCAGAGCUACACGUUUCUAGCCACUCAUUUCCUUGAUAUUGCUGCACUGGCCAACUACUCUUACGCCAUCGAAAAGUGAGAAUCUCCGGAAGCCUCUAUCGAUCAUUUUCCCCGUUUCAGUUAUCAUUUCCUUCCCCAAGUCGACGAGAAUCAUUACAAACGGCACAAAUUGUUGCGAGGGCAGUACAGAGGACCAUUGUACGGUAAGAAACAUUUAUUAUUGCGGUAA